AUGGGGAACAAACUGUGCUGCUGUGUGUGCCCCGUUUCGGACGAUGAUGAGGUGUCAGGGUGUUCUCCAGAUUCUAAAAUCUGUGAAGCAGCAGCUGAGGAUGCCACAGCAGCAGCGCCCACGGCUGCUGCCAUAGAACCUGCCGAGUUGACUGUUGAAGCUGGUGACGGCCUUCCUGUGCGUGACAUCAGUGAUGGGGAGAUGCCUGAAGUUGUUAUACUGAUCCUAUCUUUUUUCUUUUCUCUCUGUAUAGAUAGGGCAUUGGAGUCCGAACCUUCCGAUCGUCCAGAAACAAAGAAAUCUGAAGCAGUUGAUAGAGCUUUGGAAUCUGACCCUUCUGAUCAUCCAGAAGAAAAGAAAUAUCCAGCAGAUGAUAGAGCUUUGGAUUCCGACCCUUCUGAAGAUCCAGAAAUAAAGAAAUAUCCAGCAGAUGAUAGAGCUUUGGAGUCCGACCCUUCUGAUGAUCCAGAAGUAAAGAAAUAUCCAGCAGAUGAUAGAGCUUUGGAAUCUGACCCUUCUGAUCAUCCAGAAGGAAAGAAAUAUCCAGCAGAUGAUAGAGCUUUGGAUUCCGACCCUUCUGAAGAUCCAGAAAUAAAGAAAUAUCCAGCAGAUGAUAGAGCUUUGGAUUCCGACCCUUCUGAAGAUCCAGAAAUAAAGAAAUAUCCGGCAGAUGAUAGAGCUGUGGAGUCCGACCCUUCUGAUGAUCCAGAAGGAAAGAAAUCUCCAGCAGAUGAUAGAGCUUUGGAAUCUGACCCUUCUGAUCAUCCAGAAGGAAAGAAAUAUCCAGCAGAUGAUACAGCUUUGGAUUCCGGCCCUUCUGAAGAUCCAGAAAUAAAGAAAUAUCCGGCAGAUGAUAGACCUUUGGAGUCCGACCCUUCUGAUGAUCCAGAAGGAAAGAAAUCUCCAGCAGAUGAUAGAGCUUUGGAAUCUGACCCUUCUGAUCAUCCAGAAGGAAAGAAAUAUCCAGCAGAUGAUAGACCUUUGGAGUCCGACCCUUCUGAUGAUCCAGAAGGAAAGACAUCUCCAGCAGAUGAUGGAGCUUUGGAAUCUGACCCUUCUGAUCAUCCAGAAGGAAAGAAAUAUCCAGCAGAUGGUGAGACAACAUUGUUGUUUCCUACCAAGAAGAAGAGUGAAAACUCUUGUUUGAAGAGGUGUAUAAUAGAAGAUAGAGCUUUGGAUUCCGACCCUUCUGAAGAUCCAGAAAUAAAGAAAUAUCCAGCAGAUGAUAGAGCUUUGGAUUCCGACCCUUCUGAAGAUCCAGAAAUAAAGAAAUAUCCGGCAGAUGAUAGAGCUGUGGAGUCCGACCCUUCUGAUGAUCCAGAAGGAAAGAAAUCUCCAGCAGAUGAUAGAGCUUUGGAAUCUGACCCUUCUGAUCAUCCAGAAGGAAAGAAAUAUCCAGCAGAUGAUACAGCUUUGGAUUCCGGCCCUUCUGAAGAUCCAGAAAUAAAGAAAUAUCCGGCAGAUGAUAGACCUUUGGAGUCCGACCCUUCUGAUGAUCCAGAAGGAAAGAAAUCUCCAGCAGAUGAUAGAGCUGUGGAGUCCGACCCUUCUGAUGAUCCAGAAGGAAAGAAAUCUCCAGCAGAUGAUAGAGCUUUGGAGUCCUACCCUUCUGAUGAUCCAGAAGUAAAGAAAUAUCCAGCAGAUGAUAGAGCUUUGGAGUCCGACCCUUCUGAUGAUCCAGAAGGAAAGACAUCUCCAGCAGAUGAUAGAGCUUUGGAGUCCGACCCUUCUGAUGAUCCAGAAGGAAAGAAAUCUCCAGCAGAUGAUAGAGGUUUGGAGUCCUACCCUUCUGAUGAUCCAGAAGGAAAGAAAUCUCCAGCAGAUGAUAGGGUUUUGGAGUCCGACCGUUCUGAUCAUCCAGAAACCAAGAAAUUUCAAGUAGUUGAUAGGGCUUUGGAGUCUGACCCUUCUUAUCAUCCAGAAGGAAGGAAAUAUCCAGCAGAUGAUAGGGCUUUGGAGUCCAACCCUUCUGAAACAAGGAAAUCCCAAACAGCACAAGAAAUAGGAGAAAACAGCCAUAGAAACCAUAUAUAUAUGGAUCGUUUUUCUUUGAAAUUCAGUUCAUGCUCGACAAUUUUCCUUGAAGACAGCACAGCCAGCUGCCCUGAUUUUGAAAUGACACUACACUAUAUCUCCUUGGAGUUAUAUAUUCUUAUCAAGGAAAGAGAUGGAAAUAUAUCUUUCAAAAUAUUUGAUGAACGUAUAUACCCAUUGGACGACGAAAUGGAAAAAUACAUUAUGUGUGAUCCUUCACAGACAAUGAUUUAUGAAUUUAUAUGUUCCCUGUUUUAUGUAAAAAUUCUAAAUGUUGUUGAUGCCAUCAAAAGUAGGAUGUACAUCCGAAGACUUCUACAGUGUGCUCCUAUGUACAUUCGUCCAACCACCUGGAGGAGGAUUAUCCUCGGAGCCUUUCUUGUUGUCAUCAAGGUUGGGAGCAAUGUGGCUGUGUGCAAUGAGGACUUAUGCAUGCGCUUUGAGAAAACUACAGUUGACGAUCUGAAUAUGCUGGAAAUGUACUUCUUGAGGCUAAUUGAUUAUGAUACUAACGUUUCUAAAAGUGCUUAUACCGGAUACUACUUCCGUCUUCGUGACUUUAUAGUCAGGCAGGGCCUGAGUUUGCCUACUUACCUUCUUGACAGAAAAAGAGCAUGGGAUCUGCAGGCUUUAUCAAGGAUGGAACAAGACGAAGUGUUCUAUACUGGCAUGACCAGGUCUGUGAGCGUUGAUGACAUAACUAGUCUUCAGCGCACCAAGGCCAUCCUCUCCUGAAGGAAGAAAUGAGGGGUCAUGUAACAUCUGAACCCCUCACCAAAAAAGACAGGAAAAUACCACCUCUCCUGCUAAAUAACUAGAAAAGUUUGUAUUUUCAAAAGAAGAAAUAAUUCAAGUUAACUCAAAGACAACUAAGAUUGCCCUUUAUAAUAAAGAAUGGGACCUUGUCAGGGCAACAACACAUUCUUCACUCUUCUGUCCCUUUUAAUGUAAACAGUUAUAGAAACCACUUUAAAGCGAAGGCUCCUUCUGCCCACUCACAGAUGCUUGCUUAGUGUGUCGGCUGAUAGCUGUGAAUGGUGUCAGGCUUUUUUUUUUUUGUUUUCAGAUGAGUCUGUUGCCAGGCUAGGGGGCAGUGGUGUGAUCUCAGCUCAAUGCAAUUUCCACCUCCUGGGUCCAAGCCAUUCUCCUGCCUCAGCCUCCCUCAAUUAAAUGUUUUAUUUUAAGUAGCUGGGAUUACAGGGGCACCCGGCCUGUGUAAGGCUUUUAAAACGAUGAUUUAAAUUUUUUAGAUUUUAAAAGAUAACUUUUUUGUUUAUUAAAAAUAUUUUUUCUUUCCCCCCAAAUUGCAGUAUUAGUAUUCAGACAUGUCAAAGGAGUUCAUGAAUAGCACAGUCUUUUCUUCCUGAGGGUCCUCCCCUUCAGGUGUCCCAGCCUGCUCGCAGCAGCCAUAGACCGGGCCUUUAUACUGAGAGAAGCAACAGAGCGCUGGAAAGCUGGGAAUACACAGGGAGACAUGAUCAGAGUUGAGAAUAGGAGGCGGGUUGUAAUGUCCUCUGUGAGGGAAUAAUUGUUAUUGUCCUGGGGCUGUUUCUAGAUAUUGUCAAAUAAAUUCAGAUGUAGGUAAGACGUGACUUUAUUCUAAAGGAGUAUUAUAAUGGGGAAAUCACCAAGCAUCAGAUCUGCAAGCAUCUCAUAAAAUGCAGAAAAGGGCUGUGUUUUUUAUGGAGGAGCAAACAAGAUUAGAAGGAAGGUGGGAGGAAGAGUGGAGAGUGGCAAAAUCAGAUUCAAGCUCAGGGAAUGUGUCAGCCAGAAGUCAGCCUGUUCUUAGGAGGGGCAUAAACGGGGUUUGUAUGUUGGCUCGGACCGAAGGCAGAGCACAGUCUGGGAGCUGGGGAAAGGAGAGAAACUUAAGCAAAGUUGUGAUGGAAUUCCUGGAACCCAGGAGGCAAAGGUUGCAGUGAACCAGGAUUGCACCAGUGCAGUCCAGCGUGAGAGAGUGAGACUCUGUCUUAUAAGUAAAUAAAUGUUUUAUAUAAAGUCUGGUUUUAACCAA